AUUCUAUCAUAAUUCUAUUUCGUAAACAGAUUUUUAUUACUUUCUUGAUCAAUCUUUCAACUAUUGACAUCAUUAUUCGUUGUGGACUUCAAAAUGGACCUAAAUUUUGUGCAAGCUGAUAACAGCAAUCUACCUAAGGUUGACGCAUUAAUGGUAGCAUUUUUCUUCAAAAAUAAUGCGGACUACUAUGCUGCGGAACUCAAACAUGUGAAAACAACAAUGUUUGGAAGGGAGUCCUACGGAGACGAUGCAAUUGGCUAUGUGCAGCUGCACCGGGAGCAUGGACUUUGCACACUUAAGUGCAAAAUGUGCCCAGAGCACAAAGUGAGAUCAAAAGCGUAAUGUGACAAUGGUUAUCAACGAAAAUGAAAGCGAGAUAAUAAGUUGUCAGUGCCAUGACUGUGCUGCUUCAGCAGGAGGAUGCAAGCAUGCAGUCGCUUUUUUGAUUUGGGUACAUCGGCGCAGUGAGGA